AAUAUUACAAAAAUUUGGCGUAUACGAAGAAAAAAAGAAACGAAAUAUAUAAUUCUGUGAGACCAGAAACUGUUUCGAAACAAGUUUCAAUGUUGCGUCAAUACCGAGUUGGUGAACUUCCUGAUAUUGAAAUUGAACAUAGCGACAUUAUUGGUCCAUUACAAGCACUGGCGCAUAGGGAUUUGGAUAUUUCUCGGAUUUUAUUUUCAACAUUGUUUGUUUCCAUUUAUGAAACCACUGAAGAUGAUACGAUCAUGGAUGUUAAUGCGCAAAAUGAAUAUACAAAUUCAAUGUCUCAACAUAUUAAGACCAUUUUCAACGCAACGACAUCAUACUUUCCGCCUUUGAUUAGUAGCUGUCUAAGAAUAUGCUAUGAAAUUCCUGACCUUAAAAUUGAUCCUUCAGCUAUCCGAAAAGCUAGUGAAAUUAGUUCAACAGAGUCAAUGGGUAUAACGUUAAUCGAACAAUAUCUGACACUGCUUCCUACACAAAGGGGAUCAAAAAGAACACGUACUACAAAUACUGGUCUCGUCGCCGAGAGCAAGCAACCAUGGAUAGAGUUAGCACAUCUUUAUAAAUCAAUCGAUAGUGGUGAUGUUUAUAAGAGCAUAUAUGAAAAUUAUAUUGCUCACAACCAAUAUACCAAGAUAGAUGCUCUUAACGCUGAAUUAAUAGGAGAUUAUGCUUCAGCGUGUGAAUUCUAUUUGCGAGCAUUAAGUGAAGUAGAAGAUGCAGAUGAUGCCGAGGUCACAGUUUGGGAGGAAGGUAGAUUCGAAUGUUUUGAAAAAUUAUCAAAAUGGGAUGACUUGGCAGAAACCGUUUGUGUAGAUAUUGAUUCAGAUUUGGAAAAGCUUUGGGAUCAGGAUUUUCAG